UAACGUUGCAGACUUUUCAAGAACUGUUGGAGGUCUUCGUUUUGUAUGCGAAGUAGGAGUCCCACAGGGACUAACUUUUAACGUUGACAACAUCAGAGAGCGUGUUUACCUCAUUUCAGUUUACCUUACAACAAUGGCAAGUGUCGAUGCAAUGUUUCUCAGAGCCAAACAUCGGACCUAUGAGGGACUCACAGAAGAAGAACAGAGGGAAUGGAAGGGCCCUUUCUAUUUCGUCCAGGGGGCUGAUCCGCAGCUCGGCUUGAUUAAAGCCUGGAGGGCAGGAGGUGGCGACGAAGGAGGAGAUGAAUGGGACGAGGAGGUCCGGCUAACCAAGAAGGCGGUGCAGGCCAUAAACGCACUGAAUCCCAGGCCGCGCUUCGUCGUGCUGUGUGGGGACUUGGUCCACGCCAUGCCAGGCGCCCAGUACAGGGAAGAACAGGAGAGAGACCUUAAAGAGGCCUUGAGAGACACGGACCCCGACAUCCCUCUGAUCUUCGUCAGUGGCAACCACGACUUGGGCAAUACACCCACCCCAGAAACGGUGGAGCAGUUCUGUCGUGCCUGGGGCGAUGACUACUUCAGCUUCUGGGUGGGUGGGGUGUUCUGUUUGGUGCUGAACUCACAGCUUUUCUUUGAUGCCUCCAAAUGCAAAAAGCUGAAGGAAGCCCAGGAGCUCUGGUUAGACAGGCAGCUAGAGAAAGCCAGGCAAAGCUCCUGUCGCCACGUGCUGGUGUUCCAGCACAUUCCGCUGUACCUGCGUCAGAUCGACGAAGAGGACGACUACUUCAACAUGCAGAGAGACGUUAGGGAGAGCCUGAUGAAGAAGUUUAAGCAAGCAGGCGUGAAAGCCGUGUUCUCUGGUCACUACCACCGAAACGCAGGGGGAAAACACGAAGGACUGGACAUGGUUGUGACCUCAGCCAUCGGUUGCCAGUUGGGGGAGGACACCCAUGGCGUCAGAGUUGUGGUAGUGACUGCUGAUAAGGUCACUCAUUGCUAUUACGGCCUGGAUGAGCUAAGUGAAAGAGGUCUGGAAGAUUUUAAGAAACUGCUGGCCUGAUGGUCCUGAUGACUGCCAGUGAUUGACAUGUGCACCUGCAGGACGUUUUCACUGUGACUGGCUUGAGAGGUCCACUUCCCCUCAGGCCUGUGUGCUUGUUCAAGAGUUUCCAAGCGCACUCUGUGUCUUAAGAAAUCAAUGGAAUACACUCGUUCCCAUUCUGCUGUAUCUGUAUCUCCAUAUGCUGUAAUCUUUACGCAGUUUAAACCGUUCCCACAGAGCUGUUUAAACUGUUCUCAUUCAAGGUUUUAGUGACAGUUAAAAAAAACCUCAUAAUCAUAAUUAACCCUUAAUAUUUUGACUACAAUUGGUUCUCCUGUGGCCUGUGGAAUGUGAUCUAACCGGAAUCAACUUCAUUGAUUUUACUAAAAUCCUGAGAGCUUUAUUGUGAUGUAAAUACCUAGAGAUUUGUCAUCUUUUUGUGUAUGUUUGUAUUUGUUCAAAUAUUUCAAAUUGGACCAUCCUUUAAUUGACCCACUGCAGAAUUAUUUCACGAGCACUGGCUGAACGCUCUGAUGAGUUUCCUUCCCAUCUCUUUAUUCACUGCAUUUUCUCAACCCAGAGAGGAAGGCAAGGGAGAUGUCUCCAUGGAAACCUUUGAAAAUGACAACUGCUGUGACCGGCCUGAAUUUUUUUUUUUUUUUUGGUGGUGGUGGGUUCAUCAAAAACUAACUUGCUAACCUCUUUUCACAUGGUAGAUUUUGUUUCAUUUGAAAUGAUGGGUACUCUGAAAGCAUUAUAGAGGCACCACUGUGCAAUGAACAAAAAUAAAAUAAAACGAUAACAGCAACAACAACAACAAGAAAACAGUCAAGCGCAUAUUAAUAUCCCAGUCUGUAAGCUGCUUUUUUUUCUUUUCUUUUCUUUUCUCAACCUGAGCCUGAGUUUUUCCAUAACUCACACGAUAAACACUUUAAGAACUCUGGGACCGAACCAUUGUAGCCUCCUCAUUGCCAAGACCUUUCAACUGAAUCAUUGCUGACUCUGAAAUUGUUUUGAAUGUGUCUCAUAUAAUAUUUACUCAGAAAGAUAUAUUUGUACCAUAGGAAUCUUAUAUAAAUCAUCUUGGGGUU